GAAAACCCCGCCUGCCGGGGACAUGCGCGCACACGCGCGGGCACGCAAGGGGCGCACGGCGGCCGCAUGCACACACGCACGCACGCACGCGCUCGCGCACGCUCCGUUUCCACAAGAUGCGCGGCGACUCGAGCGCAAUUGUGCCUGCCGUGAGCUCGCGCAAUCGACCGCGGUGACUGCACGCCUUUCCUGCGCGUAACAUAAAAACAGCCUGUCCGACCUGCGUGCACAAUACACGCUCCUGCCUCGCCGUUUGACUUCUAAUUUCACUAAAGAAAACAAACAAACAUAAAAGCACGCAGCUUUCGAUCUAUUAUUAAGCGCGUGCAUGCAUCGGAGCGGGAUUAUCAUACUGGACGCACGAGCGUGAAUGAGAAAGCAUGACAAUACAGCGGACGUAGGUUACCAGUAACGCAACAAAGGGCAGUGCUGAAAAAAGAAAAGAGGAUGAGGAUACCAUCACCAGGACCACUUUGCCUAGCCCCAGAUGCCUCCUCUUCCUCUUGACGAGCGUAUAGUGGUAAUUCAGCGGCCAAAAAGCCUGGGCUUGCGCGUGGCCUCUCCACCAGCCACCUCUCAGUCUUCAUCACGAAUUACCUCCCGUAACGAGCCCCCUCCCCGCUUAGCACAUACCCAACUUCUUCCAUCUUAUCCCCAUCCACCUUCUAAUUCUUUGUCCCUGGAAUGCAGGCACAGGCACUUACCCCAUGGGCAAAGAGCCAAGGGCGAGAGAGGCGGAAAUACGGAGGACAGCAGCCGGAUACCUAGUCACUGUCACAGCAAUGGGACUGUGACUCUGGGGCCGAGUCCUUACACCCACACUCAUACCAUUGAUAUUAAAGUACCAGUGGACAAAGGAGGGACAUAUUUAGACAAAAGGUGCAGCAGCAGCUUGCCUCGAGGUGAAAGCAGCAGAGAGAGCAGAACCCAGAGGGUGUCUUCACACUUAGCUUCAGGGCAGAGUGACAGGAAAUUCAGAGGAAAGACAACAGACACUACAGAGCGGCACCAGAUCAAGGCACAGUAUAAUAACCACUAUCAGAACAACCUCACAGUGUCACCCGGUGGGGUGUUGGAAUUUGUUCCUGCUCAAAGACCACAAACUAAGCAUAGGUGGACGAAAGAGGAAGAGUUGAUAUCAAAUCCACAUUUUACAACUGGCAACUACAGGGACGUGCCUUCUGUUAGUAACAAAGAAAAUUCCAAACUGAGGACUGUUCAUCAGCCUCCCAAACCCCACAGUCUAUCCCAUCACCUUAGCUCUGCUGCAUCAGCCCAUGCCUCUAUCCUAAACACCCACUAUCAGGUGACCCCAAAUUCUGUCCCCUUUUGGGCCCAAUCUUCCUUUCCACAAAUCAGUCAAACCCGGUCCUCGCGUAUCAGAGAAACGCACCCCCAGGUCCUUCACAACUUCCCACUAUCUCCGACCUAUUCUCGUGAAGGCUUCCCUAGCCCAGAUCACACUUGCACUAUUGACUUUUCUCGUCCAUUCGACUGUGACUGUUGGAGGUUGGUGUGCUGUAGAGGUGGAAGAACUGGCUGCAAAAAGGGCCCUCGAAGCCAAUCUUCUUCAUUUUCCAAAGGGCAAAGAGCAAGUUCAAACGUUGGAGACGGUGCCAUGGGAUUGAAGAAAUUAGGAGCGUGUCUGUCAACAGCUUCAACCACAAACACCUCUUCAUCCAAUAGCACUGUCUCAGAAUGCCAGACGGGGCUUCUUAGGCCGCUGGGCUGUGCAUCCUGUUCCGAGGAAGGUGGUGGUUUUGGAAGUCCUUCUGCCUUCCGCAAAAAAUUAGUUGGUGGUUGCCUACCCUGCACCUCAUUCUCCCCAUCCGCACCUUUGCGUGCACUGCAAAGUUGUGUCAGUGGCUGCAACCCCAAAGCAAGCCAGGCUGGUAGCUCAACUUGUAGUUACUGUAGUAGUGAUCCGAUAGUAGUGACUUUUAACCCACACAGAGGGAAGCCUCCUGUCUAUUCCCACAAUGCUGGGGUGCAUACGAUGGGAGGGCUCCAACACGAUGACGAUGACUACAGUGUGCGCACAAUUUGGCCUGACGAACUUGCAAAAAAGAUGACUCACUCCAAACCUCAAUCUAAUAAUCAUAAUGUAGAGAUGAGGAUGGGAACAGAAAACUCUUUCAUGGGCCAUGACCAGGGUACCAACAAUGGAACAAGUCCAGUCAUUCUAGACUGCCGUAAUCUUCUAGAGUUUACCCGCUCCCAACUGACUGACCAUGCAGGUCGACGGCGACUCCAGCAAGGCAAGAUGGCUGUUUUGGACUUCAUGGGGGCAGGAAACAGAAGAGACCAGGGCCAAGACUCCCUGAAAAGGCUGUUUAACAAGGAAGGGGAUGCUGGAAUGGGAAAUGAUGAUCUUGAUGAUAUAUAUCCAAGCUCCCCUUCCCAACACUCUCUCACUCCUGAGUCUUCACCCUCCUUUUCCCCUCCAUCAUCAGCCCCUGGCACCAUGAUCAAGCCGAAACUAAGAGGAAGAGAUUGGGAGGGUGGGCACUCCUUGCCAUCUGCUCAGUCACUCCAUUUGGUCCUUAACUCAUUCAGUAGAGAGCAAGAAGAGGAAAGGAGGCGAGUGCACCUCUCCCUUCCGCUCUCAUCCUCCCUCCCGGCGUCUCUGUCAGAUGAAAGUGUAAUGACUCCAGAUGUGGAGAACGCGGUGAUCAGCCCCAUUCUCCCUUUCCUUUUUCUGGGCAAUGAGAGGGACGCUCAGGACCUGGAAUUGCUGCUACGACUGAACAUCUGUUAUGUGGUCAAUGUCACCACCCACCUGCCCCUCUAUCACCUGGACACGGGCCUGGUAUGCUACAAGCGUCUGCCUGCUACUGACAACAGCAAGCAGAAUCUCAGACAAUAUUUUGAGGAGGUCUUUGAGUUUAUAGAGGAGGCUCACCAGAGUGGCCGAGGUGUGUUGAUUCACUGCCAAGCAGGCGUGUCACGUUCAGCGACUAUCGUUAUCGCUUACUUGAUGAAGCACACCCUCAUGACCAUGACCGACGCAUACAAAUACGUGCGGAGUCGCCGACCAGUGGUGUCUCCCAACCUCAACUUCAUGGGCCAGCUCCUGGAAUUUGAGCGAGAUCUCAACUCUGGUGUUACGCCUCGAAUCCUAACGCCUAAGCUGAGUGGCCUGGAAACACAAGUCUAAAAAAAACCUAGAAUAAUCAAAAAAGUAUGGAUUUACAACAUGCGUAUUGUGGACAAUAAAAAAAAAAGAGGUUGAAAAAAUGUUUGGGUGAAAAAAUACAGUAGGAUUUCCUGACAAAUUAUAGAAAAAAUGUUAUACUUCCAGUCGAGUGUUUCUAUUGCAGAAUUAUAGCACUUAAAAAAAGAAUUAGGCAAAUGGGUGUUUGUAUAAUCAACCUCACAGUGAUACUGUGCUCGUAAUAAUGUGCCAAGUUUUAUAACAGUAAAAUCCUACAGUACAUAGUAAGACAUUUGAACUAUUAUUGUAUUCUACGUAUUAUCAACCUGCCCUCAUUGACAUAACUGAUGUAUUAAACAGUGAAGGCAGGAAGAAAAUGCAAUGCAAGGGCAAAAAAAAUACUGUCAAGCACAGAACAAGACACAAAGUAAUGCAUUUCUCAGACCCAAAAACUGUAGCAAACCUCUCACACCUUCUCCACUGUGCACAGAACUUUUCUAGAAGUAUUAUCCAGUAGAGAGUUCCAUGCACUUAUUUUCUUAUCCCAGUUAACCCCAGGUUAGCUGCUGACAAAUAUUACCACACACAAACGUUCAUUUUGAGUCGUUCCAAUCAUCUGCCACCUGCGUUUCCUACAUUUGUGGUUUACAUUCGUGUGGGAAAAGUGCAAUAGAAGUGUAUGGACAGUGAAGGAGAUCUUGGCUCGGAAACUUCCAUGAACGGAUAUUUUAGAUGGAACCUGAGAUACUAGAUGCGAGUAUGAAAAGCAAAUUUUUUUUCUCCACACACACAUGGAAAACAAGAAACAAAAUCGUAAGCGAGACAGAAAUAGAGUCACAAUACUGUGCUUUUAAUACACGGUGGACUAAAAAAAAAAAAAAGCAAAUGGAUUCUGUUCAUUGUUUUUUCUUUCCUAAUUAAAUUUGUGAACUAUUAUCUAUUUUUUAAAUCUCUGCAGGCAUGAGGGUGCAAGUAUAGAUUUUAUUUUUCUAAGCACUUUGUAUAUAUUUGUUUCAAUGUGUUAAAGGUUCUAAAUUCAA